AUGGCGCAAAAUAAUAAGCACACUAAGUUUAUUCUUCAGUGCAUAACAGAAAAGACAAGACUCUUCUGUCUUUCAGAGCCAAUGCGCAUAAGCACUUUGUAUUGGGCAAUUGGCUCCCUCUUUCUUCUGGAGGAAUUCAGGGAGAUUCAAAAGCUAUCAGAGACCGUGCGAGGGUUUACAAUGGCAUGCCAGAAUGUAGAUGGAGGGUUUGGUGCCAAGCCAGGGUAUCCCUCAAAUCCUCUCUUCACACUUUCUGCGCUGCAAAUACUUUAUAUCCUUAGAAGAAUAGGUAAAUCUUCCCCUGCACCGCCUGCACCAGACAAUCACAAAGAAAAGGAAGAAAUACCAGACACAAGAAGACCAGGCUCCUUUACAGUGCAAGAAAGAAUCGAUGAGCUAGAGAUGGACCUUAUAGAAGAAUCCUCUGAUAACACCUCCCAGUCAUCUUCAUCGAAUGAACUGUCACUUAAAGGAGGAAGACCAGAGAAGACUCUUAAUUCUGUCAUGUGCAAUGCAUACUUAGAGAAAAUAGUUACAGAUGAAAAACUCAUUGGGUUUAACUCCUAUUUGGAUAUGCGGUAUAUUUGCAGCUACAUCACAUCAAAGCAUCUGCUUGCACAGCUGUCCCUGGGUGGCCCUGAAAUGUUCUUUAUCCUUCCCCCAAUGAAAAGAAUUCUGUGCACCUACAUUUCGCAGUGCAUAAAUAUAGAUGGCGGUAUUGGACCUAUGCCUGGCUGUGAAUCACACGCUGCAAACACGUUCUGUGGGCUUGCCUCUCUCUUUCUUAUGGGAGAGAUUAGUCUAGUAGGUAUACAGGAGACUGCCGUCUCCAUUAGCCUGCUGCAGAGCAAAAAGGGAGGUUUUUCCAGUCGGGUGGAUAAACACGAAGACCUGUGCAGCACAUACUGGGCAUACUCUGCACUUUCCAUUAUGGGAAAAUCUGGUUAUGUUGAUUUAUCCUCUGUGCGGCAAUAUAUUGAAUCAUGCGAGUCAGAAGAAGGCGGGUACGCAGACCGCCCGGGCAGCGCACCAGAUCUUCUUCAUACGUUCUUUGCACUCUCUUGCUUUGCAGUCCUGGAUAACAAGAGCCUUAUGGAGAUACUUCCAAGCCUGUCUCUCUGCCCGUUUGACUAA